GCAAAAGAAAAAAAAAGUCUCCAAAAACAUUCUUCUCUUUGGCCUUUACUCAAAACCCACACAUAUCUCUCUCUCUCUCUGGCUUUCUCUUUGUCGGAAGUCAUGGACGCUACGAAGUGGACACAGGGCUUUCAAGAAAUGAUGAACGUAAAACCAAUGGAGCAAAUCAUGAUUCCUAAUAACAACACACAUCAAUCAAACACCACGUCCAAUGCAAGGCCAAACACCAUUCUCACAUCUAACGGCGUCUCAGCCGCAGGAGCCACCGUCUCUGGCGUAAGCAACAACAACAAUACGGCGGUUGUAGUGGAGAGGAAAACAAGACCACAAGAGAAACUAAAUUGUCCAAGAUGUAACUCAACCAACACAAAGUUUUGUUACUACAACAACUAUAGUCUCACACAACCAAGAUACUUCUGCAAAGGUUGUCGAAGGUAUUGGACCGAAGGUGGAUCUCUUAGGAAUGUUCCUGUCGGAGGAAGCUCGAGAAAGAACAAGAGGUCAUCUUCUUCUUCUUCUUCAUCAAACAUCCUUCAGACAACACCAUCUUCACUUGGUUUGACCACACCACUUCCAGAUCUAAACCCACCAAUUCUCUUCUCAAACCAAAUCCCUAAUAAAUCAAAAGGGUCAUCACAAGAUCUUAACUUGUUGUCUUUCCCAGUCAUGCAAGAUCAACAUCAUCACCACCAUCAUGUUCACAUGUCUCAGUUUCUUCAGAUGCCUAAGAUGGAAGGAAAUGGCAACAUGACUCAUCAGCAGCCUUCAUCAUCAUCUUCUCUCUAUGGUUCUUCGUCGUCUCCUGUUUCAGCGCUUGAGCUUUUAAGAACAGGAGUUAAUGUUUCUUCCAGAUCAGGGAUCAACUCAUUUAUGCCUUCUGGUCCAAUGAUGGAUUCAUCAAACAAUGUGCUAUACACUUCUUCAGGGUUUCCAACAAUGGUCGAUUACAAGCCAAGUAAUCUCUCUUUCUCUACUGAUCAUCAAGGGCUUGGACACAGCAACAACAAUAGGUCUGAAGAUGGUCAUCACCAAGGUAGGGUUUUGUUUCCAUUCGGGGAUCAAAUGAAGGAGCUUUCAUCAAGCAUAACACAAGAAGUUGAUCAUGAUGAUAAUCAACAACAGAAGAGCCAUGGUAAUAAUAAUAAUUCAAGCCCUAAUAAUGGAUACUGGAGUGGGAUGUUCAGUACUACAGGAGGAGGAUCUUCAUGGUGAAGCAAAAUGAUCGAAAGAGAUGAUGAAAUGAGCUUUCUAACUCUCUUUCAUGAUAUUUUGCCUCACAUAGUCACAUGGGGUACUUUAGUUAAAGUUGUCAGAACUUGGCUAACACAACAUAGUCUUUUUAUUCUCCUUAUUGUUUGGGUUUUUGUUUUGUUUAAACCAAUAUUAAUUUUUUAAAUGUUUUGUUAUUGGGUUGAUGGUAAUUCGGGUUGGUUUUUCACUUUGGUUUGUUGAUUAAUUAGUAUAUGUGUAUAACGGAGUUAUGUAUGGGUAGAAGAAUAUGUGAAUACGGAUUUUGAGUGUUACGUGAUAUGUAUUCAUCGUUUCUUCUAUCUGUAUAUAUAUAA